AUGCAGCAAAGAUCGAUGAGGAAGGUUGUUCCACAAGCCUGCGAUGCUUGUCGCCGACGGAAAAUUAAAUGCAACGGUCGCCAACCAUGCCCGGGCUGCAUCUCGACAAAUCUAUCCUGCACGUUCAAGCUGCCACAGAAAAGAGGCGGGAACACAGGCGUAAGAGCUACAGUACUGAAUCAACUACGCGCCGGUCAGCAGCAGGAAAGUGAAGACAGCACGAGCUUUCCCGAAUUUCGGCCCUCGCCGGACGAUUAUGCGUCACCAAGCAACGAUUCCGUAGUAGGAUGCCUGCAAGCGAUCACCAUCGACGCCUGUAUAGAUGCGUAUCUGGACAGAAUCCACCCGGUGGUGCCGCUUUUGACGCCUGACCUCCUUCGAGAGGAAGCUUUGCAGACGUCCACGUCGCUCACUUCCCGCCAAUUCAUCGUUUCAUUCUGCGCAUACGUGGUCACUUUCGGCAAUAUACUCCAUCAAUACCUUCCCUCCCAUAUCAAAGAGGAAGACCUGCAGCAAAAGCUGCUAGACGCCGCGUUGAGCAUUCAGGACCCAGACAGGGUCUUCCAGCCUGGUCGGCUCUCGGUCUACAUUUCCUUCUUUCUAUACGGAGCAUAUGCGGGACUGGGGAAUUACCGGCAGGGUUGGUUUUACCUGAGGGAGGCUACGACGUUAUUCAUGAUGCAGAGGGGAAAGGAAGAGCAAUAUGGCACCGAGGCUUAUAGAUGCUUGUUCUGGGUCUUGGUAGUGUCGGAGAGCAGAGCACACGCCGUCCGUCGAACCCGCCCCAUCACACUCUCCGUGACGGCUUCAGCUCCUGCAUUGAAUUUGACUGCUGAGCGCGGUUUACACUAUCUUGCCUCCAUAUUCCGUCCCUUCGAUGAAAUGUUCUUCGCUGUCUGGAAUGGGUCGCGGCAAGAGUGCAGCAAGGAAUGGCUUCUGGGACUCGAGAACGAGGUGCGAACAGCACUUCCACCCAUUCUCGACCUUCCCAAUGAGCAGAUAGCGAACCUACGCGUCUCUCAGCUGUGGCUUCAGGUCAAGUUGUGGGAGCUAUUCCCCCGUUUUGGGUUCCUGUCAAGCGAGUCAGUGCACAAUUGCUUGACGUUUCGAUAUCCCAUCAGUAUCGCGAGAGACUUGACAAUCGUCGCGAUGAAGCUGCCGGUUCAAAGCCUACAGAUCCAUGGUGUUGGAAUGACUGAGAAAGUCUUCGAUAUUGCCUGUGCCCUCGCGGACAUCCUGCCCUUCAUUUCUAUCCCGACUUCGCAACUCGAACUAGGCCCUGUGGACUACCUCGUGCAGGCAACGUCCCUUCUUGCAAAGCUUCCAGGUGGUUCUUCGAAGUUCAUUCCCCUGCUUCUAGUGAAAGUAAACGAAUUACUCCCCGAGCUUUCAAAAACGUUAUGCGAAGCAGUUUCAAUACCCGUGGUUUCUAUGAAUAACCCGAUGAGCCCUGAUACAAGGUUCAUAUACGAAGAGGAAGUAGGACAGGGACUGUAUAUGGAUUUGAGAAGAGGGAGAUAG